AUGAUACUCUCAAAACUUCCACCCGAAUUAAUUGUUAUCACCUUCAAAUCAUGUUACUCGUACGAAGAUGAGAUACGUCUAGCUCUCGCAAAUAAAUAUCUCUUCAAUAUCUUUAUGCAACAUAUUAAAAUACCAGGCAUCGUAUUCCUCGAGAUCAAUCCAAUCACAAAUACAACAGAAAUUUUUAAAAUCAUCAAUUAUGAUAGCAAGACUGGUAAACCCAAUCGAAAAACUAAUCGAGUUACCUUUCAUCAAAAACAUAAUCGAAAUGGAUGUUCCAAGUGUAAAUUGAAUGAAUGCAAAGAUCACAAACCUGCACAAAGAACAAUUAAAUAUAACAAGAAAG